UCUUGCUUGUGAUAGAUAUUAAUUAUCGCGCACACGAAAAGAGGGAGGGGGCGCAAAGAGAGAAGGGACUAGGACACGAGAACCACAAGAGAGAGAGAAGAAAAGCGAGAGAGAAAGGGAGGGAGAUUGCUGGAGGUGGAUCGAGGCGCCGGGCCGGCCGUGCAGAUCGGAGGAGGUCAUGAACAACUAAUCGGCACUCAUUUAUUAUGGAUUUGCACCAGCUAUUCAAGUACAGAUUGACUGGUGCUAACGUCUUCUGCGAAAUUCCCACUGAGAACAAUUUAGUGAACUCUUCCUGGCAAACUAGUCCACUGAAGUUAGAGUUCAGCAACUCUCCAUACACCCCUCUUUCUACCCAGCUUGAGUGUGACAAUUUGUCUGCUCUUAGCAACACUCCAGAUAACCAGAGCUCUACUGAAACCAUUUCAGCCCAGCCAAUCUCCCCGCUUGAAGCAGACAGCUCAUACAUAAAGGCAGGUGGCAUCAGUGAGAACAUCCAAGUGAGAUCUGAUCCAUUGUAUGCAACAUCAAGACAUAAUAUGCAGCAGACUUUGCGUGACAUUGAGAACGUUCUGAUGGCACCUGAUGCUGAUGAUGCAACAACGAGCGCAAAUCAUGAGUUUGAGGACACCAAGCCUUCUCAGCUCAUGCGGCAGCGGUCGAGGACAUGGAGCCAUGAGUCACGGCAGCCGUUGCCUGGAGUUGUUCGACCACAAUUUGCAUCUGGUGGAUUCCCCACGGCAAGCUAUGAGUUCCGCCCAGAGAAACGACAAAGGGAGUUAAGGGAGGAUCCACAACUCAUUGUGAAGCAUCUAUUAGUCAAGUGUGCUGAGGCAUUAAGUGAGAACAGGACAGAGGAGUUCCUAAAGCUUGUUCAAGAAGCUCGUGGGACUGUUUCAAUUAACGGGGAACCGAUCCAGCGUCUAGGUGCUUACCUACUUGAGGGUUUGGUUGCUAGGCAUGGAAACUCUGGUACAAACAUCUACCGUGCUCUGAAAUGCCGGGAGCCGGAGAGCAAGGAGCUUCUCUCCUACAUGAAGAUUUUAUACAAUAUCUGUCCUUACUUCAAGUUUGGAUACAUGGCAGCUAAUGGGGCGAUUGCAGAGGCAUUGAGAAGUGAGGACAAGAUCCACAUAAUUGAUUUUCAGAUUGCUCAAGGGACUCAAUGGAUUACACUGAUACAAGCUCUAGCUGCAAGGCCUGGGGGUCCACCUCAUGUGCGGAUCACUGGAAUAGAUGACCCGGUGUCGGAGUAUGCACGAGGUGAAGGUCUGGAAUUAGUUGGGAACAUGCUGAAAAACAUGUCUGAAGAGUUUAAUAUACCUUUGGAGUUUACACCUCUAUCUGUCUAUGCCACUCAAGUCACAAAGGAAAUGCUUGAGAUUAGACCAGGUGAAGCAGUUGCUGUCAACUUCACCCUCCAGCUACACCAUACCCCAGAUGAGAGCGUGGACGUCAACAACCCGCGGGACGGGUUGCUCCGGAUGGUGAAAGGGCUGUCCCCGAAGGUGACCACAUUGGUGGAGCAGGAGUCGCACACCAACACGACGCCUUUCUUGAUGAGGUUUGUGGAGACCAUGGAUUACUACUCUGCCAUGUUUGAGUCCAUCGACGCCAACUUGCCUCGAGACAGCAAAGAGAGGAUAAGUGUGGAGCAACACUGCCUGGCCAAGGACAUUGUGAACAUCAUCGCCUGCGAGGGGAAGGACAGAGUGGAGAGGCAUGAGCUCCUUGGCAAGUGGAAAUCGAGGCUGAGCAUGGCUGGCUUCAAGCCUUACCCGCUGAGCUCGUAUGUGAACUCGGUGAUCAAGAAGCUUCUUGCAUGUUACUCGGACAAGUACACGCUGGAGGAGAAGGAUGGGGCGAUGCUCCUGGGCUGGAAGAGCAGGAAGUUGAUAUCCGCCUCUGCGUGGCACUGACGGUUAUAUGCUCAUUGGAAGAAGAAAAGAAAACAGAGGUUAUAGAGCCAAGUCCCUGGUCUCCUUUGAUGUACCACCUGUACAUGAUGCUGUACACCCCUCAUUUGUUGCCUAAAUGUAGACCAGGAAUUGAGCAUUGACAGUUAGAUUGUAGAAGUUGUAUGAUAAUUACAGUUUUCCUGCGGUUCCCGUGUAGUAUUCGUGGUGAUUAUGUUGGAUGUAAUUUUCCAGGCAUGCUCUUGUUGAUCGGUCAAAUUUUCCCCACUCACGGAGCAUGCUGUGAGGCUGCAGACCACAGAGCAUACCAUAGUCAUGGGUCUGUGAAGAUGGUUUUGCAAGUGUUUUCUCUUAUGUCACUACCAUUACAUGAGCAGGUAGUGUGAGAUCAGUGUUUGCCUAGGCAAAAUAUGAUUGGGCUUUGGAUCGA